AUGAACGUGAAAACUGUGCUCGUCCUCCUCGGUCUGGCGUUAGCCACGAUAUUCGCUUUGGUCUGCUUGUUGCUGACCAGAGGAAGGGCGCCCAGCACCUGCCAGCACCUGCCUGUGGAGCAGGAGGACACCGAGGAUGGCCAGAGCCUGGUCUUUGCUGACCUGACACCCGAGGAGAUGGCGCAAGUGGUGCGGUACCUGCAGGGAAACCUCGGGGUGCAGCUGGUUGAUGCCUCGCGUGCCAAACCCUCGGACAACUGCAUCGCCUCCGUGGACCUGCAGGUCCCUGCCAAGGCAGAGGUGCUGCGGUUCCUGGACGGCGGGGGGGCUCGUCCCGCCCGAGAGGCACUGGCUGUGCUGUACUUUGGGAACCAGCCAGAGCCCAAUGUCACCGAGUACGUGGUGGGUCCUCUGCCAAUGCCGGCGUACCACCGGGAUGUGACGGUGCAGAAGUACGGGGGGAAGGUGCCAUACCACCGCAGACCUGUUACUGGCAAGGAGUACAUGGAUAUCAACACCCUCAUCCGGAGGGAGCUGAAAAAGGCGCCGCAAUUCCUCACCACAUGCUGCGAGUCUGACGGGACCGACCUGGCCAUCCUCACCACGGCCCCACGGGGCUUCAAGUCUGGUGACCGCACAACCUGGUUUGUCCUUUUCCACAACGUGGCUGGCACUGGCUACUACCUGUCACCAGUGGGGCUGGAGGUGCUGGUGGAGCACAGGGACCUCCACGCCUCCCGUUGGCAGCUGCGCAAAGUCUUCUACAACGGCCAGUACUUUGCCAGCACAGAGGAUCUGGAGCAGGAGUUUCUGGCUGGCACACUGGAGGUCGUCAGGCUCAAGAAGCCCCAGGCUGAUGCAGUGCUGGGCUCAAUGAGGCCCCGCUACCCACCCGACUCCCUGGGUCCGCUGCAGUUUGAGCCUCAGGGUCCCCGCUACAGCGUCAGGGGCAAUCGCGUCACCUACCAGGGCUGGAGCAUCACCUUUGGCAUGAACCCCAACUCUGGCCCACGCCUCUUUGACAUCAGGUACCGGAGGGAGAGGAUUGUCUAUGAGUUGAGUCUCCAGGAAGCCUUAGCCCUGUAUGGCUCCAACUGCCCUGGGGGCAUGUCCACCCGCUACCUUGACGGGAGCUUUGGCAUCGGCAGGUUUGCCUACGAGCUGGUCCAGGGCGUCGACUGCCCCUACACAGCGACCUAUGUGGACCGGCACUACCUGGCAGAGUCAGACACUCCCAAGACCAACCAAAACUCACUCUGCAUUUUUGAGCACGACUCUGCCCUCCCUCUGCGGCGCCACUUCUCUGACUCGCAGUCCUUUUACUAUGGUGGGCUGCGGAAAAACACGCUGGUCAUCCGUACCAUCUCCACGCUCGUCAACUACGACUACAUCUGGGACUUCAUGUUCCACGGCAGUGGGGCCAUGGAGGUCCGUGUGCAUGCUACUGGCUACAUUAGCACCUCCUUCCUCCAUGGCCAAGGCACUAACUAUGGCAACAGGGUUGGGCCCCACACGCUGGGAACGAUGCACUUCCACCACAUGCACUACAAGGUGGACCUCGAUGUCGACGGGCAGCUGAACUUCCUGGAGACCCAGGACAUGGAGUAUGAGAUUAUCAAAGAUCCCUGGAGCACGCAGAACACCAUCGAGCGUCCGUACCUCCGCAGGAAAAGGCUGGAGAGGGAGGAUGAGGCAGCAUUCCCGCUCAAUGCCCCCCUGCCCCGCUACCUCUCCUUUGCCAGCCCCAAUCCCAACAAGUGGGGGCACCCACGCAGCUACCGGAUCCAGAUCAUCAGCUUUGCUGGGAAGCACCUGCCCAUCAACAGCUCCAUGGAGCGGUCUGUCAGCUGGGGCAGGUACCAGCUGGCUGUCACCCAGCGGAAGGAGGAGGAGCCCACCAGCACCAGCAUCUACAACCAGAAUGACCCCUGGACGCCCACCAUCGCCUUCGCCGACUUCAUCAACAACGAGACCAUCACCAACAAGGACCUGGUCGCCUGGAUCUCCGUGGGGUUCCUGCAUGUCCCCCAUGCUGAAGACGUCCCCAACACGGUGGCCGUGGGGAACAGUGUUGGCUUUUUCCUGAGGCCCUACAACUACUUCAACGAGGACCCCUCAGUGGACUCACCUGGCAGUGUGUACUUCAGCAGUGAGCAGGACACCAGGGCAUGCGGGGCCAACCCCCUCGCCUGCCUGCCCUCCACUGCUGCAUGUGCCCCCCACCUUCCCCUCUUCCACUUUGGGGGCUUCCUCAACGUCAGCCUGGCACCGCCAUUUGGUGGGGUGUGA